UGAGUGUUUGAACAAGGCUGGGGUGAAAAGAGAAAUGCCCCCACCUGCCACACACACAGUCCACUGUCCACGGCGCUAAGGAGAGCCACUCACAUGAGAAGUUACCGGAUUUCCCUGUGCACUGCUUCUUAAUGCUACUGGAAUAACAUGGCUGUUCAUAUGGUAGAAGCUGAGCCCAGCUACAUCAAUCUGGGCUUUGAGCCGGGUGAGGCGAAGAGACCUCCACCCUUUAACCCCAGCGCGGUCACACAGAAACCACAGUACACCAUCGAGCCUGUGGCCCCUCCACCGGCCAAACCCAAAAGUGUGAAGAAGAAGAAAUGCAUCAACCUCAGUCAGGUUGCUGUGAUGGUGCUCGGGCUGGGCCUGUGUGCUGCCAUCAUGCUGGCUUAUUACUUCUUGUCCCCGUGCGGGGUGAAUGUGGUGUGGUGUGGUGAUGGCUUGUGUGUGAAGCAGGAGGAGUGGUGUGAUGGGACAGCACACUGCUCCAGUGGACAGGACGAGGCCAACUGUGUGCGUCUCUCAGGGGAUGACUUCCUCCUGCAGGCAUACUCACGGAGUAGCCAGACCUGGAAGAGUGUGUGUGCCGAUGACUGGACUGACGAAUAUGGCCGCCAGGCCUGUGAGGGCAUCGGAUACAGCAGGGACACAUAUGUGAGCUCAGGUCAAACACCUGUGCCAUCGAGCCACCUGUACUCUCAGGGCUUCAUGAGACUCCCAUCGAACACAAACCCCAACAUCCCACUACAGGCUAACCUCCAGAACAGUGAUACCUGCCCUUCAGGUAAAACAGUGACCCUGCGCUGUAUUGCAUGUGGCUCCAAACCCUCCCUCAGCAGUGAUCGGGUGGUGGGUGGCCAGGAGGCGGCCGCCGGGGCAUGGCCAUGGCAGGUGAUGCUGAUGGACAACGUGACCUCCACCGCCUGCGGCGGCGCCAUCAUCGCCCCCUACUGGAUACUCACAGCAGCACAGUGUGCCCAGAGGAGCCUUGACCCCUCCUCCUGGAGAGUGUAUGACCGGAUCCAUGGGAGGAUGGAUUAUAUGUUCCUCCCGUUUAAAACAGUGGCGCACGUCGUCACCUUUCCAGACUACGACAGCAAGACCCACAACAAUGACAUCUCACUGAUGAAACUCCACGAUCCCUUCCAGAUAUCUGAUUCCUUGAGACCAAUCUGCCUGCCGAAUGUGGAUAUGGAAUUUACUCCACCUCAGCCCAGCUGGAUUGUGGGAUUUGGGAGGACCUCGGAAGGCGGUGCAGCGGCGUCAAAGCUGAUGGAGGCCCAGGUGUCUCUGAUCAGCAGGGCGAAGUGCAACAGCCCGGAAGUGUACGACGGCAAGAUAUCCGACAGCAUGAUCUGUGCAGGGAAUCUGCAGGGAGGAGUCGACCGCUGUGAGGGUGAUGAAGGAGGGCCUCUGGUGACUGAGAAGGACUCUCUUUGGUGGUUGGUGGGAGUUACCAGCUGGGGGCAGGGCUGUGGUCGUGUAAACAAGCCAGGUGUCUAUGGCAACGUGGCCUACUUCCUGGACUGGAUCUAUGCUGAGAUGAAGUCACCCUGGGGCGGCUGAAAAAACUACUUACAUGGACAACACAGAGAUCCUUAUUUAUUGAUAUGUAAGAUAAAGUAUGUAUGUAAAUGGUUUGUUUCUGUUUUAUUUGCCUGUAGCCUGUAGGUCACUUCACAGUUCGACAACAUUUAGAUUUACAUUCUGAUAACCAUUAUUUGAAUCUUUUGAAUAAUUGUAGUACAUUUUGGUCUCUGCAUUUUAUCCCAAUCCAUGAAUUAGUGAAACACACACAGCACACAGUGUACAGAAGCACACACUAAUCCCGGCGCAGUAA